CUCCCUGCAGCCAAUCGCGGCUUUGACAAGUUCAGCGAAGUUUCGGUUCCUCGUUCAGCGGAAGUAUCGCUGUCAACUCGCCGCUUUGAGAUGUUUGCGAUCCGGCCGGCUCAGGUGGAGCCCCGCGGUCACGGGCUCCGGGUGUGAGACGGCAGAGAUGUAUCGCCUGCGCUGUGGCGUCGCGCUGGCCUUCGUCCUCCUGUGUUACUUCUCGGACGUCGCGCGCGCGCUCGUGCAGGGCGGCGUGUGUGUCUUCUUGUGUCUCGCAACGCCGGGUUUAUUACGCAGCCUUAGACGCGAGAGCAGCACCCAGACGGACGAGGAGGCGAAGGAGGCGACGCACAAGGAAACUAAGACAGACUCGUCGGGCGACCUGCCUGACGGAGGAUCCACGGCGCCGGCCGAGCCACUGGGACCCAGUACCCAGUACCCACAUGUGAGGAAGUCUCUCCAGCAGGCGUUCGAGAGCGCCUACGCUCAGCUGCUGCUGCCCUGGUACCGCGUCCCCGAGCCCAGCGAGCGCCAGCCUCUGCACCGGGUGCUCAGCAGGGAGUCUGAUUUCGUGAUCGAGCGCGUAAUUGAGCGAGCCGGGCACUUUGAUGUGUACCAGGUGGUUGUGGGCUCCAUCCGCGUCUUGACCCAGCACUUGCAUAACGCCAAGCAGCCGACCAGGGAGCUGCCGCUCGGCUCCCGAGAGAAGGAGAUUGCAGUCCUCCGAGACUUCUCGGACGUUCUCGUGCGGAACCUUUUUUCCAGCUCCCUGUGGGGUCAAGGAGUCACCCGCUGCGUCCUGAGGGAGCUCUUGGCUGUAAAGGGCUUGGGCCUGUUGGUGACAUGGCUGUCGGACCCAGACACCCUGAACCAGCUGGUGGUGAGCCAGCUCGGCAGCGUGACCCCCAAGGGCUCGGCGGAGGAUCUGAGUGGAUCGGGCCGGGAGCGGGCGUCCCUGGUUCCGCCGGAGAGCAAGGGCGAUGGCGAGGGCAGCGAAGGGAGUUUGCAGGAAGAGACCCGGACCGAGAUCAAGGGCAAAAGCAGAGGUCAGAAGUUAAGGGAAAAAUUGUCAAAGUUGAAGGAAAAGAUCAGGAUCAAGAAGAAAAAGCCCAAAGCGCGGCAGGAAGGUCCGGAAUUGCUGACGACUGACUGCAUGUCUGAUGAGGAGGGCGUCCGCUUCAGAGAGGGCUCCGUUCACAGCCAGGAGGACUCUGACCGGGACAGCGAUCCGGAGAGCCACCUGGCCAGCCUGGAGGACAUGAUGGAGUUCAAGCUGUCGUACAAAAUGUGGUGCGUGGGCCAAUGGGCGGUCAGCAUCCCUCAUGCCGAGUGGGAGGACGAGGACCUGAUCCUCGGCGUCCACCUGGCGGAGACGGACAGCCCGGAGACGCUGCAGUGGAGCCUCAGGAAGAGCUACAUGGACGUGGUUCGUUUUCGCAACAGGCUGCAGAGACCUGUUGAGGACGAGCUUCAGGACGCCCGGCUCCCCGCACUCAUCGAGCUUGAGGAUUCGGAGGCCGACGACGAGGUCAAGGAAAGCGCCCGAGCGUCGGUGCAGCGCUUCCUGCAGGGAGUGGUCUCUGAUUCUGAGAUCUGCAACACUGAGGCGGUUUUCAAGUUUCUGUGUCCACUUAAAAUACUUCUGAAUGAGGAGGAGGACGGCGGGGGCGUGUGGGGGCUUCUCAGCGGCUUGGCCAACUUCCUGGCUCCAGGUCAGGAUGAGGAUGAGAAUUCUAGUCCUCGAACAGAAGCCCCACAGGAAAUCACAGGGCAAUCUCCACUCCCACCACCUCCAGCUCUGCCUUCAGAAAACCAUGAUGCCUCCGCUGAGAAGGGCAGCGACGGCGCAGGCGCUGCGCUUCCAGCCAUCACUGUCAGCCGCUGCGACCCUCCAUCAGUGUUUGAGGGAGAGGCUGGAAAGGCAGCAAAACCUGCUGUUGAGUCCGACUCUAAGAACAGCGAAAACUGCCCCCAAGAAAAACUGGAGGACGCUGAUAACUCCUUAACCAUAAACUCUGCAAUGCCCAAAGAGAGGUCUCUGUCGCAAGAGUCGCUGGUGUCGAGAAGCAGCAGCAACGAAGACCUGCUGGAAACGGACCACUUCCAAAAGAGAGCGGCUGGAAAGGAGCCGACGUUUAAAUUAAAUGCAAAGGAAAAUAAAAGGGAUAAGUGGAAGUUUGGUGGCGCGAACAAGGCUAAAGGCGAAGGCAAGGCAAAGGGGGAGGACUCUCCGCAUCAGAAGGCCCACGGCGGCGGCGAGCACCAGGAGGCCGCCAGAGCCGUGUUCGAUCUGCUGAAGGAAAUAUCCGGAAACUCCAUCGCCUUUAACUUAUUUGACGCCAUUUUGACGCCGUUCAUGCCCAUUGUGAAAAUGAAGGUGAACUCCUUUCUCAACAAGCUGAACCCCACGGAGCAGCAGGUGGCCGCCUACAUCGACCGUCUGCAGGGCGGAGCGGGGCCCGAGUCUCCGCCGGCGCCGGCGCCGCGCACCGACGGGGACAAGGACGAGACGAGGGCGCGCGCGCAGGGCCUCCUCGGCACCAAAUGUUUGGGCCUUCUGAUCCUGAAAAAGGCCGACGUGGAGACUGUUUUUAAGCUUUUUCAGAAGACGGAAGAAAACAAAACGCUGGUGUUUGUGGGAGCUCCUGUCGUUCCUGUUGGGAGAGCUGUUUCCUGGUGAUCGCUCUGUGACUGCAGCCCUGCAGCAAGUUAAGAAGUCCAGUUGAAUUGUAUUUUUAAUGUCCUUAUUCUGUCUUGACUUUUUUAAGAAUCUCACAAUAUUUAUUAACUGUCUUAAAACCCCUUAAAUGAUUUUGGCAUGAUUGCCUUCAUUCUUUAAACAUGUGAAUUUCGCCUUUUCUCGUUGUCCGUGUUCGUUUGUGGAUGAUGAAUAGUGACUUAUUUGUAUGUGGGAGCCAAUUUUAUGCGUUUUUGUUCGCACAUUCAGAAUUUAAAUAUCACUCCUCACUUUCAGAUACUGUUUCUAAAGUCAUUUGUCACUUUGAGCACGUGUUUAUGUAUGUCACAGCUGCCACUGUAACCACAUGAAUCUGUCAAAACAUGGGCAACGUGCCUGUGAAGCCGAACUUGAAAUAUUGGUCCUGUAAGAAACUUGAAUAUAUUCCAAAUGAAAUGUUUUAAUAAAGCUACACAUUUUUAUUUAUA